GUUCGAUUCGAGUUCGAAUUUUUAAAUCCAGGCGAAAUGCCCAGGCCUAGGUUUUACCUUUUAGGUGUUAAACUUUUGUGAUCUUACAAAUCGUAUGGCUAUGGAUUGAAACCCUUUUGCAUCUAGAGAAGAAGUGUAUACAGUACAUGAGAAUUUUUUCCGACAUACAAUAAAAGAAAAAUAUUUCAUUUUAUUCACACUUUUACCCUUUUAGCCGCGUAAAAAGUUUCCAGCGUGUGGAUCCGCAUGCCACGUGUCACAUUCCCUCUUUCGCUUCAUCGCCAUUGGAUAAUAAAACAAACAAGGUCAACACAGUGGCAUAAUCGUAAUUCGAUUCCCUCUCUAUUUCAUCGCCGGCCAAGUCCUCCGUCGUCACUUUUCACUACUUCCCCUCACCAAACCGAAGAAUCUCACGGCGAAACGAUGAAGCAUAUCUUCAAGAAGCUACACAGAGGCGGCAAUCAAGAUCAGAAUCGGACCAACGAUGCAGCAGCAGGAGCUCCACCGUCGGAUCAGAAUCGGAUACAAACCGCCGCGAAUCCUCAAUCAGGCUCAACGGAGUCGAUUCCGGCGGCGAGCGUAACCGCUUCUUCGACAACAACCUCUCCCGCUCCAGUCUCCGCCGCCACGACGAACCGUUCCGAUUACAUAUCGUCAGAGGAGGAGUACCAAGUCCAGCUAGCCCUAGCGAUCAGCGCUUCGAACUCGCAGUCCGGCGAGGAUCCCGAGAAGCAUCAGAUCCGAGCCGCGACGCUUCUGAGCUUAGGAAGCCAUCAUCGGAUGGAUCCGAGGAGGGAUUCGUCGGAGGUUAUCGCCCAGAGGCUAUCGAGGCAGUACUGGGAAUACGGUGUGCUUGAUUACGAGGAGAAGAUCGUAGAUGGAUUCUACGACGUUUACAGUCUCACCACAGACUCAGCUAAGCAGGGAGAUAUGCCGUCCUUAGAACAUCUCGAGAGCAAUCGAGGGACACGUGGAUUCGAAGCUGUGGUUGUGAAUCGUCCCGUUGAUACUUCUCUUGACGAGUUGGUGCAGAUUGCGCAGUGCAUUGCGCAGGAUUGUCGUUCCGCUAGCGUUGACGUGCUGGUAGAGAGGCUGGCGGAGCUUGUCACAGGGCAUAUGGGUGGAUCUGCCGAGGAUUCGAGUAUUGUAUUGGCAAGGUGGACUGAGAAAAGCAGCGAGUACAAGGCUGCGUUGAACACUUGUGUAUUCCCUCUUGGUUUUGUAAAUAUUGGUCUCUCCAGGCAUCGUGCUCUGCUUUUCAAGGUUUUGGCAGAUAGUGUCCAGUUACCUUGUAGGUUGGUAAAAGGUAGCCAUUACACGGGCAACGAGGAUGAUGCUGUGAACACAAUAAGGCUUGAAGAUAAUAGAGAGUACUUGGUCGAUCUUAUGACGGAUCCUGGGACGCUUAUACCUGCUGAUAUUGCGAUUGAGCCAAAUAACUCGCAUGGAAACAAACUUCCCACUGCUCAGUUGUCCGAUGACUUUCGGCACUCGGCGCCAAAGCUUUCAGAAGGUGAAGGCAGUAGUCAGAGUUGUAUAGCUGACAACAAUUCUUCUUUGGAUAGAAAUCGAGAGUCUGGAAUCAGGAAUUCAGAUUUGAGAGCUUCACCUUCUAGCGUAACUAGUUCGAGCCAGUUGGAGAAUAUUUCCUUGAAUACAGUUGCAAAGGGGAGUCGAGGAGCCGUAAAUGAUAGUUCAAGAACGAACGUGAACAUAGUUCCAUACAAUCAGAACACUGAGGAAGACCCAAAAAACCUUUUCGCAGACCUUAACCCGUUUCAGAACAAGGGAACCGACAAGCUGUUUAUGCCCACUAAAUCAGGGUUGAAUAAUGUUGAUGAUUUUCAUCAACCAAAAAACAAUCCUCUGGUUGGUAAGUCUCCUGCACCGAUGAUGUGGAAAAACUACAGUUGCAAUGAAGCCCCAAAGCGAAAGGAGAAUAUUCUCCCGAAACUCCACCGUGAUCCUCGUUACGGAAACAAUAAUUCCUCAUACGCUACCUCAAGCUCCGGUGUAGCGGUUUCGUCAAAUAUGCAUGGUAGAAACAAUUCCACUUUUGUGUCACCUGUUGUUGCUGCACCACCACCCUUCAGUUCCAAUGGAAAUCAGUUCACACCAAGUAUGGUAGAUGAUAUGAAUAGAAACACCAGCAGUGAACUAGAUCUCCAGCCUAAUGCUGUUGUUGGAUACCAAAAGGAUGAAUCUCACGUUGACGAUCAUAGAAAGUACACAAGUGAUGACAUAUCUACUGGGUCUGAUCCGAGGCUUAAGGAUCAUGAAAGCACGAGUUCCUCUCUUGAUUCUACAUCCUACCGGAAUGAUCCUCAAGUUCUUGAUGAUGCUGAUGUUGGUGAAUGUGAAAUCCCUUGGAAGGAUCUUGUGAUUGGGGAGAGAAUAGGAUUAGGGUCCUAUGGGGAGGUCUAUAAUGCUGACUGGAAUGGCACGGAAGUUGCUGUCAAGAAAUUUUUGGACCAGGACUUCUCAGGAGCUGCUUUGGCUGAGUUCAGAAGAGAAGUACGCAUUAUGCGAAGAUUGCGACAUCCAAAUGUUGUUUUCUUCCUUGGGGCGGUUACUCGUCCUCCGAACCUUUCCAUUGUCACUGAGUUUCUGCCAAGAGGAAGCUUGUAUCGCAUCCUUCAUCGGCCCAAGUCUCAGAUUGACGAGCGGCGCAGGAUCAAAAUGGCCCUUGAUGUGGCAAUGGGGAUGAAUUGCUUACACACAAGCACACCAACAAUUGUUCAUCGUGAUUUAAAAACACCAAACCUUUUGGUUGAUAACAACUGGAAUGUUAAGGUAGGUGAUUUUGGGUUGUCUCGCUUAAAGCACAAUACUUUCUUGUCCUCAAAAUCAACUGCUGGGACGCCCGAGUGGAUGGCUCCGGAAGUUCUACGCAAUGAGCCCUCAAAUGAAAAGUGUGAUGUGUACAGCUUUGGGGUGAUUCUAUGGGAACUAGCGACAUUGAGAUUGCCAUGGAGAGGAAUGAACCCAAUGCAAGUAGUAGGAGCGGUUGGUUUCCAGAAUCGGAGGCUGGAGAUACCAAAGGAACUUGAUCCUGUGGUGGGAAGGAUCAUCUUGGAAUGUUGGCAAACGGAUCCGAAUCUGAGGCCGUCGUUUGCUCAGCUGACGGAAGUGCUGAAGCCAUUGAACCGGCUCGUGCUUCCUUCACCACAGUAGUUUCCUACUGGUGAAUAUACGAAAGACACGGUUAAAUCAUAUACAAUUGUGCCUGCCUCCUCAUAAAAUCAUUAUCAGCCUACGAUAUGAGGAAUGUAAAUGAAAAACCACUUGACUAUAUAUAUAUUGUGGUGUAUUUUGUUAUAGAAAAAGCCGCGAUGCUGUGCUUAUUUUAUUGGCUUAUCGGUCAGAAGCCAAAGUAAAAAAAAAAAAAUCAUCAAAUUUCAAUAAUAUAAUCCGGUUUAUUGAUGGUUCGAUUGUAAAAUGUUUGAUUUGUGUUACCAAUCAAAUCCAACAUAACAGUGUGUAUUGUGUUGAUGACAAACACAGGAUAUGUUUAAGGAUCCAAUAUUUAAAAAAAAAAAACUAAUAUCCGGUUUGAUCAAUAGUGAGUUGUGUUCCAGAUCUUGUUUAGGGAAAAUGAAGAUUAUUCAUAUACUGGUGGUAGUAGUGCUUCUCUGUUGAGCCUCAACUUGGGGAGAGACGAGUAUUCACACGAACAAUUGGGCUGUCUUAGUCUGCACUUCUCGAUUCUGGUUUAACUACAGGCACAUGGCCAAUACACUCUCCCUCCAUAGGUUAAAGCUCUCUCCCUUUUAUGCUGGAAUAAUAACCAUUCUUGGAUGUAGUUUCUCUUCACAUUCUUGUUCUCUUUUACUUUUUUUUUUUUUUUUUUUUAUAGGACAGUCAAGAGACUUGGAAUACCUGAUGAACGCAUCAUCCUAAUGCUCGCUGAUGAUAUGGCCUGUAACUCUAGAAACCAAUAUCCUGCUCAAGUUUUUAACAAUGAAAACCACCUCCAAAUCAACCUCUACGGAGAUAACGUUGAGAUUAUCGUGGUUACGAGGUGACAGUUGAAAAUUUCCUGCACUGGGCGUCAUGAGAGUAGCCAUAUUCUACUCUACAUGACUGGCCAUAGAGGUGAUGAGUUUCUCAAGUUUCAAGAUGCUGAAGAACUCCAGAGCCACGACUUAGCUGAUGCUGUCAAACAAAUGAAAGAGAAGCCUAGAUUCAAGGAGCUGAUGAUUAUGGUUGAUACUUGCCAAGCUGCCACUCUCUUUAACCAGCUUCAAUCUCCUGGUGUUUUGGCAAUUGGUAGCAGUCUUAAAGGAGAGAACUCAUACUCACAUCACCUGGACUCAGAUGUAAAGUGCCAUUCACUAUUUCAUUAAUGCAAAGUCGUUAUAUUGUUUGGGGAUUGUUUCUUGUUUUUUAUCAUUGUAUAAAUCUCCAAUUCUAAUAUUGUUUUUGCUUCAGAUUGGUGUAUCUGUUGUAGAUCGGUUUACAUACUACACUCUUGCCUUCUUUGAGAGGCUCAACAUAUAUGACAAUGCAUCACUUAACAGCUACCAUAAGUCGAUAACAAUGCAACUUCAUCAUUGUUAAAACUGAUGCGCCUUUUUAGCUGAACUCUCUGAGUCUUUUGUGCAGUUUGUUUAGUUCCUAUGAUCCGAGCCAGCUAAUGUCUACUGCCUACUACCGAACUGAUCUUUACCAGCCAAAACUGACUGAGGUACCGGUGACAAAUUUCUUCGGUUCAGUUAUGGAGACCAUUCAUACUGAUUCACCUUACGAAGCCUUUUCAAGUAGAGACUCAAAUAGCAAGAUCAAAUCCGACAUGCCACUCAAUGAGCCUUCCGUGCAGGCACGGUCUUAAAGAAGAUGUUCACCUCAGCAUAGCGGUGAUGGUUCUCGUUGUAAUGGUGUCAUCAUCUUUGUUAUGAUGCAGCCAGGCUCUUAGGAUAGGACGCUCACUAUCAUCAUCAUCUCCACUUCACUUAAUCUCUGCUGUAUGAUCUUAAUUGUUGCAGCUUCGCAUCAAUGUAUUAUUACUUUUAUCACAAUGCUUUCUCUGAGGUGAAUAAGAGGUUAUUGGUUUA